AUGAUAUUGGGCAACAAGGUUGCGACUGCGUCAUUUGACCAGCUGGCUGCAGGUGGUAUCAGAAUAAUUUACAACCAACCGGAGAAAAAGUUUGCACAACAUACCGCUUUCAACGACCACAGAAGUAUUCUUCAAGAAGAUAUAAAAUAUGUAUAUAGUCAACCUCAAGGGAAUUAUUCGCAACAUACAUUUUCAAGUGAACGCAAAUUUGGUAAAGAUUAUGGAAAAUUAUUCAAAUGUUCAUCAUGCGAUCGAACUUUCACAUCGAGAUCAGGAUUGUGGUACCAUGUACAACUUGUUCACGAAGUACAAAAUUAUCCAUGUGAUCAAUGUUCAAGGACUUUCAGAUUAAAACAAUACCUUAUUGCACAUGUCCAACAAAUUCAUGAAAAAAGAUUAGUGAAAUGUGAAGAUUGUGGGGCAACGUUUUCUUCGUUGGGCAGUUUAAAGAAACAUGAGAAAAGUAUACAUGGAGGCAAAUUAUUUGACUGUCCUUCCUGCGACCGUUCCUUCACUUCUAGAUCCGGUUUAUGGUACCAUAUUCAUCUCGUCCAUGAUGUACAAUCAUUUCAAUGUGAUGUAUGCUCUAGGACAUUCGCAUUACGAGUCUAUCUUCACGCUCAUGUACAGCAAGUUCAUGGCAAGAGAAUGGUUAAAUGUGAACAAUGUGGUCACUUCUUCUUAUCCGGGAGCACUUUCAGAAGACAUCAAGAAACUCAGCACAAAGGUAUGAAAAUUACACCAAAUCAUCAUUAUAACUCCCCAAUUGAUCGGAAACCUUCUACAAGUGGAUCAAAACCCGCCGUAGGUCGACUAAUAUUUAAAUGCGCCAACUGUAACAAAUCUUUUGCUUCGAGAUCUGAUGUUGCUAUGCACUAUAGACGUGUUCAUGCAGGUAAAUUAAUUAAAUGUGCUGAAUGUGAUCGAACAUUCAUAUCGAAAUCUAAAUUACGAAGUCAUGUACGCGUAGCUCAUCCUGACGAUGAUGAAGAAGAAGAAAUAGUAGAGGAAGGCAGAGUGAAAGAAGAAGAAGACGACGAUGACGUCGACGAAGAGGAAGGUGAAGAAAUAAAGACACCGGUUAGAAAACCUCCUACUAAAACUCUUACUAUAUUUCUUUUCCGUACAAAUAAAAAUCUUCGUGUUCAAAAUCCACCGGUUACAUAA